AUGUCGUUCUCUGCUCUUCGCGCUGUAGCUGCGCCACUGCGUCGCACUGCGCUGGCUUCGUCCAGCCUCCGCUCCGGCGUGGCACGCAGGGGCAUGGCGACAACCUUCUACAACACCGAUGUCGCUGGACUUAGCGAGGAACAGGCGGAGCUGCGCGACGCAGUCGCCUCGUUCGUGUCUGCCGAGCUGCCGCCCGAGAAGGCGGCUGCGAUCGACCGCAACAACGAGUCGCCCAAGGACAUCUGGACCAAGCUCGGCGACAUGGGUCUGCUCGGCAUCACGGUGCCCGAAGAAUUCGGCGGUCUCGGCAAAGGAUACCUGGACCACACGAUUGUUAUGGAGGAGCUUUCGCGCGCAUCGGGCUCUGUCGCUUUGUCGUACGGUGCCCACAGCAACCUCUGCGUGAACCAGCUCAACAGGCACGGCACCAAGGAGCAGAAGGCCAAGUAUCUGCCAGACCUCAUCUCGGGUAAGAAGGUGGGCAGUCUUGCCAUGUCGGAACCCGGAUCGGGCUCGGACGUGGUCAGUAUGACGACGACUGCAGUGAAGAAGGGCGAUCACUACGUGCUGAACGGUGGCAAGAUGUGGAUCACCAAUGCGCCCAUUGCAAGCACCUUCAUCGUGUACGCCAAGACCGAACCCAAGGCAGGCUCCAAGGGUAUCACCGCCUUCAUCCUCGAGCGUGGUAUGAAGGGCUUCACCCAGCUUCCGAAGCUGGACAAAGUGGGCAUGCGCGGGUCGGACACGUGCGAGAUCCACUUUGACAACGUUGAAGUUCCGGAAACCAACGUGCUCGGCACCGUGAACCGAGGAGCGGCGGUACUUAUGUCGGGUCUCGAUCUGGAACGACUCGUUCUUAGCGGAGGACCGUUGGGACUGAUGCAGGCGGCUUUCGAUUACGCCGUGACGUACGCGCACGAGCGCAAGCAGUUUGGCACGCGCAUCGCCGAGUUCCAACUGAUCCAGGGCAAGAUCGCCGACAUGUACACCAAACUCGGCGCUGCCCGCUCCUACGUCUACGCCGUCGGCCGUGCAUGCGACCAGGGCGCCAUUUCCCGCCGCGACUGCGCAGGUGCAAUCCUCUACUCGUCCGACCGCUGCGUCGAAGUCACCACCGAAGCCAUGCAAAUGCUCGGCGGAAACGGCUACACAAACGACUACCCCGUUGCCAGGUUCUGGCGUGACGCCCGUCUCUACACCGUGGGCGCAGGUACCCAGGAGAUUCGUCGCAUGCUCAUCGCCCGCAUGUUCAACGAACAACUCAAGUAA